AUGCAAGUGAGUGACCUGAGAUCAUCGCGUGACGCGUGCCCUUUCCACCAUCACAUUUCCUUACCUCGCCGCGACACACACGCAUUAAAAGUCGAUAACAACAUCCACUCGAGCAUGGCCAGUCACGGCAUUCCCCGCGCCGCACCGGACCAACAAUCCCAGAAAUCCGCAGCAACGCYCGCCAAAGAACAAAAGACCAUAUCCGAAUACAGAUCGCUCGAAUCCCGCGUCUUCACUGCCAUCCGAGCCGGCGAAUACACCUCUUCAACCCUCUCCCUCCUCUCGGCCCUCCUCUCCACCAACCCGGAAUACUACACCGUCUGGAACUUCCGCCGUCGACUCCUCGCCCACACCUUUGCCCAUCCCGAUGCCUCAACCCCCAGUGAAGCGGACAUUGCCGCCGCGGAACAAGCCCAUCUCACCCUCCCUCAACGAGAAAUCUCGCAGCUGAUAGCGGAGGAUCUGAGAUUUCUGAUCCCGCUGUUGAAGCAGUAUCCGAAAUGCUAUUGGAUUUGGAAUCAUCGCGCGUGGUUGCUGGCCCGAGCGACGGAAUUGCUGCCUACACAUGUCUCGACGAGCUUCUGGGAGGGGGAAUUGGGGUUGGUGGGGAAGAUGCUGGGACUGGAUGGGAGGAAUUUCCAUGGCUGGGGAUAUCGUAGGACUGUGGUGCUGGAAUUGGAGAGGUUGACGGGUAAGAGUCGGGCGGAAGAGGAGUUUGCGUAUACUACGAUGAUGGUUGGGAGGGAUUUGAGCAAUUAUUCCGCGUGGCAUUGUAGAGGCGAAGUGCUGCCCAGAUUAUUGGAGGAGAGGCGGGCGGGUGAGAGAGAGAGGAGGGAGGUUUUGGACGGCGAGUGGGAGUUGGUCACAAGGGGAUUGUGGACGGAUCCGUAUGAUGGGAGUCUGUGGGCUUACUGGAGAUUCCUGCUCGGUGCUGUUGUCGAUGAGGAUGAUGUUGAGGGGAGUAGACGGAAACCGAAGAUCUUGGAUCCCUGUGGGAAUGAUGAGAAAGAGCAUUACCUCCGACAGGAAUUGGAGAAUGUGAGGGAAAUGCUGGACGGUGCAGAGGAUUGCAAGUUCAUCUAUCAGGCUCUCUUGGAACUGGCACCACAGUAUGCCAAAGUCGCAAAGCAGACGUCUGAUUCAGCAAAGGAUGAGAUGUUGGCGGACAAGGAGGAGAUGCAGGGAUGGCUCGCCCAGCUGAGAAAUAUUGAUCCUCUGCGAGCUGGAAGAUGGAAUGACUUGGGUAGAAACCUGGGCUUGCAAUGA